AUGCUUGCACCGAGACUAAUAAGAAGUUGUCUUCUAAUAAGACCAAGAAUUGCAAGUAUCAGCUUACAAUUGGCUCGAUAUCAGUCCAAGAAAACAGAUUUUCCUGAUUUCUCACAGAUCAAUGAUCCCAAAUUGAGAGAAAUCAUUGAAAGUACCAAUUUCGGAACCGAAGCAAAACUAAAGAAAGAGAAAGAAGAAGCCCUUAAGAAAAAGAAGAUUGAAGAAGAAAAAAAGAAAUUGGAACAGGAAAGAGAAGUUCAAAGAAAACGUCAAGAAAAAGAAGAAGAAGAAGAAAGUAAGAAACAAAAGGAAGAAGAGAUCCUGAAUCAUAGAGAUGAAAAAGUAGCUAAAGCGAAUGAGAACUUGGAACUGGAAAUAUAUACAACAGAAUCAGGGAAAUUAAAAGGAGUAGAUAAAGAUACCCAUGAAGCCACAGUGGAAACUGACGAUGAAGAGUAUAAAUUGAGAAUGGAGAAUAAAAUUAUAGCUACGAGUAAAGCAGAUGUUGAUGACAGUGAGAUUCCAAAUUUGGCCAAAGAAAUCAAUGAAACUAUCCAAAAAGAAAUUGGUGGAUUACCUUCUCAGAAGGCUAAACAACAAAGUGAAUUAGCUAAAAGAUUAACCAAAUAUUUGGAUUCAGCUCAUGAUACAAUUCUUACUGCUACACGUGCAUUAAAUGAUGUUACUGGAUAUUCUGCCAUUGAAAAAUUGAAAAAAUCAAUUGAACAACAAGAAGAUGAUUUAAAGCAAGCAAAAGAAAAUGUUAAAAAAUGCAAGAUUGCAUAUGGUGAAGCCAUCCAAAGAAGAUCACAUUCUCAAAGAGAAGUCAAUGAAUUAUUAACUAGAAAACACAACUGGACUCUGAAUGACUUGGAACGAUUUACUGAAUUAUACAGGAAUGAUCAUGAGAACGAAAGAUUAGAAGAAGAUGCAGAAAAAAAGUUAGAUGAAGCUGAAAGUAAAGUUGAUAGUGUUCAGUUAAAAUUAACUCAACUGAUAUUAACAAGAUAUCAUGAAGAACAAAUAUGGUCAGAUAAAAUAAGAAGGUCAUCUACUUGGGGUACAUGGGUAUUGAUGGGUCUAAAUGUUUUACUUUUCAUAGUAGCAACGUUUAUUGUCGAACCUUGGAAAAGAAAGAAGUUGGUUCAUGCAUUUGAAGACAAAGUGAAACAAGUUUUGGUUGGUAUUUCUCAAGAGAAUGAAGCUAUUUUGGAACCAAUAAUUGAAAAAUUAGAACCUACUGAUGGACAAGUUGUAAUACCAGAAGAAACAAAGGAAUUAAACGUGUCUAAAGAUCCAUUAGUCCAACCCCAUGAUUCAGUGUUAAAACCAUUUGAUUUCAAGUUCUUUAGCAAGACAUGGAAUGGUAUAAAGGAGAUGUUUUGGGCAAACUACAAUGCGUUAGUUUCCCCUGAUAUUCAAAAGCUAGAAUUUGAUAAGUAUGAAUUUGAGUUAUUUACCAUUUCACUAAGUGUAAUUGCAUUCAGUAUAGGUAGUGUAAUUACAUACUUCAUUAAAUAG